CUAUUUCCAUCACCAAAGCAUGGAGCAGGUGUCAGUGCAGCAUGAGUUUGAGUAUAAAACCAACAACGGCCGCCUCGUGUCCAUCAAGCCCAACGAAACCUACUUCCUGCUCUCCAGGACCAACGAACACUGGUGGCAAGUCUGCACCAAGCAGGAAGACACCGAGCCCUUCUACAUCCCAGCCCAGUAUGUGCGCGAGCUCGAUGCGUAUAUGGCGACAAGGGUGGCCCGGGAAGCUCAAGGAGAUGCUAGCCGGUUCUGCACCUUUGGUAUAGGCGGUGCCAAAGCUGAGGUGACACCUAAAAGAGGCGUGCACAAUGGAGGGGACGCACCUCACGGAAAAGUGGAGAUGAUGACCGUUAGAACAGACGAGGAGGAUCCAUCGUGUGAAGUCAAGGUGGACGAUGAGAGCAAACACGCGCCCAUCUACGUCAACGUAGCUCAGCUUCACCAGGACUCGACUACCUCGCCCCCCCACCAGGACACCGACGGAUGGGAGGUGCACUUUGACCCGGAGAGUGGUCAGGACUACUACUACCACCCUGCCACGGGACAGACCACCUGGGACAACCCCCUCGCCGAAUCACUCCCAGAACCGAGUCCCCCUUUGCCCCUUCCAUCUCCUAUCCAAACGUCGGAUUGGGAGCAGCUAGUGGAUGAGCGCAGCGGGAUCCCCUACUUCUACAACGCCAUGUCUGGGGAGACGUCUUGGGAGCCACCGGAGCUGCUCAGCCCGUACCCGCCCUUGAUGGAGCCCAUGAGUGUGCACCGCUUUCACCAGGACGAUUCGCCUCAGCUUCCUGAGGAAGACUACAGCUCAGCAGAUGGACCUGAUGUCGAUGAGGAUCCCCUGGCCAUGAGGUCCCCUGCGUCCCACAGGGAAUACGACCUGUCCUACGUGAGCCGUGCCGUUAUCCCACGGGCCAGCUUGGACCGGAGCACGCCCUCCGGCUGGAACCUCAGCGUGGAGCCCGACGGAACCUGGGUGUUUACCAACGAUCACUCGCUAGAGCAGUGGGUCAAGUCCGUAGACGACCUGGGCCGAACUUACUAUUACCUGAAAGACGGCACCAAGUCGCAGUGGAACCUGCCCAAUGUAAGUGGAACCUUUUCAGACGGCCUGCUGCUUAAACACCCCACAAUUUCUCACCAUGUCAUCUCCCAGGACGAGAACGGUAUGGAGUACGACGAGGUGAAUGUCUUCAAGAACUGGAGACAAAGCGUAGGACCAGCCCAGCAUGCCUCGGUUCAAGACGACGCGAGGUUCGUCCCGACCCACCGGAGGACCACGUCGGACUACAGCAGCGACAGCUCCAGCACGGGCAACUCUCCCGAAGCGCAGCCUAACGUGCAGAACUUGGAAAAAGCUGGAAUCCUGAACAAAACAAAAGUGUCUGAAAAUGGCAAAAAGGUCAGGAAAAACUGGACCCAGACCUGGACGGUUCUGCAUGGAGGCACGCUGACCUUCCAUAAAGACCCCAAAUCCACAUCGCCAGGCUAUUCGAACAAAACCAAUCAGAUCGUCCCGGAGGUGUCAGUGGACCUGCGAGGCGCCAUGAUCACCUGGGCCUCUAAAGAUAAAUCAAGCAAGAAGAAUGUUUUAGAGUUAAAAAGCAAAAACGGUCUUGAGUUUCUGAUCCAGUAUGAUACUGAGAGCAUAAUUACCGACUGGCAUAAAGUAUUAUUGGACACCAUACGGCAACUGGAGUACCAGGAGCACCACUCCGAGGAGGAGGAUAGCAGCGACGUGUACGAAAAGAUCGGCGGGGCGGAGCAACAGUUAACCAGCGACUGGCGUAGGGCCUCCAGACCAAGCGUCACCAGCACCAGCACCACCACCGCUGGAGAAACCGACCCAAAGAAGGUUCGCACUAAGUUGAUCAAGUUCCUUAUGAAGCGGCCUUCACUUCAAGCGGUUAAGGAGAAAGGAUACAUACGAGACAACGUGUUCGGCUGCCACCUGGCCACGCUUUGCGCGCAGGAGCAGACCACCGUUCCCAGUUUUGUGGAGAAGUGCAUAAAAGCUGUGGAGAGGCGAGGUUUGGAUAUCGACGGACUCUACAGGGUCAGCGGGAACCUCGCCGUCAUCCAGAAGCUGCGUUUUAAAGCAGAUCAUGAGGAACUGGACCUUGAGGACGGCCAGUGGGAGGACGUUCACGUCCUCACCGGAGCGCUGAAGCUGUUCUUCCGUGAGCUUCCCGAGCCGCUUUUCCCCAACAGUCUGUUUCCUCAGUUCGUCUCCGCCAUCAAAAUUUUUGAUUACAACACAAAGGUGUGUUGCAUUUAUGAGUUGAUCCAAUCUCUUCCCGCCCCGAAUCACGACACCAUGAAACUCCUGUUUGGACAUUUACGGAGGGUCAUCCAGUGCGGCGAGGAUAACCGCAUGACGGGGCACAAUGUCGCCAUCGUGUUCGGGCCCACGCUCAUGCGGCCCGAAGCAGAGUUGGACAAUAUUGCUAGGAACACGGUUUACCAGAACCAGAUAGUGGAGCUCAUCCUCAACGAGUAUGAGCGCCUCUUCCAUUCAGGCUGAAGGAGUUCAUCUCUUUAUUUGAAGAUUUAACACAAAACAUCUUGUAAUAUAGAAGUGUAUACAGCUAAUAAUAUCAACAAGACAUUGUGAAAUAAAUAUUACAUAGAAUGUUUAAAUAAAACAGAAUAUCUAUGCUGUAUUGUUAGUUGUCUAAUGACACCAUAGAACUACUGUAUAUAAAGCUCAACAGGCUGGAGCAGUGGCCAUUGAAGGAAAUGUAUUUGUUGUAAAUAAUAAUAGAAAGCAUUCAUGUGCUGAAUGUUGUCAAAACUAUAUGCAAAGUAAUUCCAUAAUAAAAUAACUUUGUAAAGAA